AUUAUAAUAUAGGUAGUGUUUAUUAAAUAUGAAAAAUUAACCACUUUUUACAGAUUUUUAAGGAUUUUCAGCUCAAUUUAUUUCUAUCCUAGAAAAAAAAUAAAAAGUUAAAUUAAUUCAGAUUAUGUUAUAUAGGUUGUAGAAUUAAAAAAUAUAUAUAUAUUAUUGUUUGUUUAGACAAAUAAAUGGCGUUUAUAUUAUUGUCUGGCAUAAUUGUAGAACAUUAAAAAGAUAAAAGCAUAAAAGUGUCGAUUAUUUAAGAUUAUAAUAGAAAAUAUGACGCGACGGCAGAUACGUCGUUUGCUGUACGGACUGCUGAUUUUAGCAUUAUUUGUCAUUGUUAUACACAGCGGCCGUACUGCAUAUUGGCUAGCAAAAGAUGAACAUUACUUAGAACGGCCAAACCUCCCUGCCGAGGACCAGCUAGAUUACAACGAACAACAGAAUCUACAAUAUUUGGAAUCCCCAAUUCAAUCUUUAACAUACAGUUCUUUAAUGAUGGAACCGAAUGAAAUUUCAAAAUCACAAUUACCAUGGUAUUUUAAAGAUGGCUUACUAAGACCAAGCAGAGCUAAAACACAUAUUAAGACUGGACAAAGAAUUACACAGGUAUGGCCUAAUGAACAAAAAACUGAUGACCGUAUUGAAAACCAACUAAUGUUUAUACCACCUAAUUAUCGAUACGACGAUGAACCAAUGAAAACAAUUUUAUUUUUCAAUGGUUUAAGUAAUUGGAUGGUAGAAGAUGGACAGAAUGAGUUUAUCUCGAAACAAUGUCCGGUUAAUAGAUGCACAAUUACUUCGAAAAAGUCAGAAGCUUCAAACGUGGACGCAAUUUUAUUUCGUGAUUAUUUUUCACAUCCCGGUCACAGAAAAACUAGUAAACAAGUAUGGAUUUUAUAUUUUCUCGAGUCACCAUACCAUACACAACUUAUCACUUACAACGAUGUGUUCAACUGGACAGCGACAUAUAGACACGAUAGUGACAUCGUCACGCCAUAUGAACGAUGGGCGUACUACGAUCCGUCAGUGACACAAGUUGAACGAUUAGAACGGAAUUACGCGUUUAGCAAAACAAAACAAGUGGCAUGGUUUGUAUCCAACUGUGAUGCCAAAAACGGCAGAUUAGAAUACGCUACAGAAUUGGCCAUAUAUAUAUCCGUAGAUGUGUAUGGUGACUGCGGACAAUUCAAUUGCCCUAGAUCAGAUAAAUGUUUUCAAAUGUUGGAACAAGAUUACAAGUUUUAUUUGGCUUUUGAGAAUUCAAAUUGUUUCGAUUACGUAACCGAAAAGUUUUUCGUCAAUGGCCUCCAACACGACGUUUUGCCGGUCGUGAUGGGCGGGCGCCGAGAGGACUACGAGCGGAUAGCACCUAAACGGUCGUAUGUGCACGUGGACGAUUACGAGUCACCCAAGCAAUUGGCCGAGUACCUGUGGCGGUUGGACGCCGACGACGACCUGUACAACGAGUACUUCCGGUGGAAGGGCACCGGCGAGUUUAUCGACACAAAGUUCUUCUGCCGGCUGUGCACCAUGCUGCACGACGACGGCGCGCCGGCCAAGCACUACCGGAACAUCAACGACUGGUGGAGCGGCCCGGGCGUCUGCAACAACGCCAUGCCGUGGCGGUGGUUCAUCGAGUCGUCCGCUGAUGCCGGCGAACCGCACUCGGCAGUCAACAGCGAUUAGCGUUUACCUAGGGCGGCAGCCUCAGCGCUCGACUACAUCACAGGUCGGCACAGUCGCCACCGCCACACGUGCGCAUGUCGAGCGCUUCGCGAAGACGGCGAAGGGGCCGCAGAAGAACUUUCGGGACGGGCCUCAGCCUGCACGUCGUCGUCCAUAGGACGACUCAUUGUUUCGACUCGGCUGUAUAUACGCGACGUUUGACUAGCGGCGUCGUGUCUAUUAAUUAUAUUAAUCAUUAUAUUUGUUGUAUAAUAAUUUGUAUUCGCCGAAACCGAUAUUGUCCACUGCCAACCCGACGCAAAAAUAAUAUGCGGACUGUAUAAGCCGAGUACUUUCGUUUUCGGUCUCCGCAUGUGGUGCAGCUGUCGUCAACUAAUAAAUAAAUAAGUCACCUAUAAGCGGUUGUGUGGGUCGAUCCGACUUGAUCCGAUUCGCGGCCGUCGACGGCGUCUCGAUCAAUCCACUACCCACUCCCCCAUCCAGUCACAUGACAUAAUAUAUUGUCGAAAACUGUGAAUUUUUUGUACAUAUAAUAUUAUUGAUUUCCCAGAGUGUACGACAAUGUUGUUGUCAAUAUACACAGACUUUUUCCCGAUUUACUGCACGUUCGUCGGUACACAAAUAUCACAUUCACAAUAAUUGAAAUGUUUAAAUGCCUAAUAAAUAUAAUAUUAUUCCAUAA